AUGGCUGGCCCCAUCACGAUUUCUUCACCUUCGACCACCAGCACCGGCCCGCGCCGACGUGAACGCAGAGGCGAGCACACCAUUGAGUCUGUCGAUACGACCACUGCCGUGGCCGCCGAAGAGCCCGCAGACGGCUCGGUCCUGAUCCGCACAGCGGCCGAAUCUGUCACCCAGCUCAUCGUGGGACGCGGGCCCGCUGCGUCCACCGAUGGGGACGACUCCGAGGAGCCGCUCGUCGAGCUGGCGCGCCUGGAUCCAGCCAUAGCGGCGAGCUUCGUCAAGAGUGCCAUGCUCAUGGGCGGGCUCAGCAGCGGCCUUGUCGCGGUGGUCACCGGGGCGCUCCUCGCAGUGCAUUGGUCUGCGUGGGCCCACUGCGAGCGGCCCUUACGAUGGUGGCUGUUCGCGAACUGCCUGCUGCAGAUCAUCCAGGUGCCCCUCCGCCUCGUCUUCUGGGCCAGCGUGCGGGCCGCAGAGGUCGAGCGCCAGAGCAUCGCCCUCCGCAUCGCGCAUCUCGCGAGCUCCCAGGCCUGGCGCGCCAGCAAGGCCGUCUCGCUGCUGACCUACUUCUGGGUGAUCCUCGGCUUCGUCUGGGUCAUGAACUCCAUGGGCUGCCAGACGUGCUCCAGCCUCGUCGUCACCGUGGUGGCGGUGCUUGCCACGUCCGCUGUCCGCGUGCUCUGCGCGUUCGUCGGCUUCCGCCUGCACUUCCCGCAGGCCGCCCUGGAGGCCGAGGCGCCGAAGAUGUGCGCGGCGACCGCCGAGCAGAUCUGCAGCCUGGACACCGUGACCUACGAGAGCCACGGGCUCGACGAGUCUGUCACGUGCGCCGUGUGCUUGUCCGAGUUCUGCGACGGCGAAACCCUGAGGAGGCUCCCGUGCAAUCAUCAGUUCCACGUGGAGUGUUGCGACAAGUGGCUCGGAUGCAGCAAGCGGUGCCCGCUGUGCAUGCAGAACAUCGACGAGAUGCUCGGAGGGUCCGACCCGUGGAGCUUCUGCAGGAAGCGCUCCAAGUCGCACGCCCAGUGA